AUGGACGCGUCCGCCGCCUCUGCUCAUGCCGACGAGAUGCUGGAGCUGACGCUCGGGGACGUGGAGGACGCAGAGAGGCGCUCGCAAUCCAAGUCGCAGACGGCGGACGCGGCCGCGAGCUUCGACGGCUUCGCACAUGACGGCGCCGAGCAGAGCGGCGAGCCGCUGGCCAUGCCGCUGACGCUGCCCACGUCCCCGACGCUGCUGCCUUUGACGUCGUCGCCUAGGGCCGCGAGCCGCCAGCAGCUGAGCGUGCAGCAGUACUUCCAGAGCGAGAGCGAGAGCGCCGCGGGCGAUUUUAACGCCGAGGUGCAGAAGUCUAAUGACGAAUAUCGACGCUUAACAGACGCAAUUAACCUUAACGUACCGAGUGAUACCGGUACAACCGGUAAGUACGACUCGAAUACGGGACGGCCAACUGCCUCGUCUCAGGUGGUGGACAUAAUGUCCAGCUCGACCAAGACGGGCAAGAAGCGGAAGCAGGGCACCAACGUGAGCAUCGACCUGCAGACCAAGAUCCGCAUCAUCGAAGUGGCCGAGCAGUACCAGUACGACCCCAAGAGCUCGUCCAGCCGCAGCAAGCGGGAGGGCGGGGCCAUGUCGGGCCAGCACGGCAAGGAGGUCGUGAACGGCAUCCGACUCGCGGAGCAGUUCGGUCUCAACAAGAGCACGGUGAGCCGUAUCUUGAAGCGCAAGGAAGAGUUCAAGAAGGCCUACUACAAGGACAACGUCUCGGGCUGCUCGAAGCACAUCAACAAGAAGUCGAGGUUCGACAAGCUCAACCGGCUGGUGGAGAACUGGUUCGACAUGAACCGGGAGAAGAACGGGACUGUUUCCGACACGCUCAUCCGUGACGUGGGCAAGCGCUAUGCUGAAGAGCUCGGCAUCGAAGACUUCCGAGGGUCGAAUGGAUGGGUGCGCAGUCUGCGCAACCGCAAGGAACACUCGGAACGGGCCACGGUGUCAAUGGAGAUUCAGGAGGCUGAGAAGAGGAAGAAGGACAACGAAGCGGUUGAGCGCAUGCGCGUUCUCUUUCCUAACGGUGCCAAGGAUAUGGCUGGCUUUUUCAAGGACCUGUCUACCUAUCUGGAAAGAGACGGCGGAGGCAUGGGCGGCUUCGGGGAUAUGAAUGGAAACACCAGUAGCAGCAGCGGCGACAGUGCAAGGGAUACUGCUGUUGUCCUCGCUGGGGCCUCCUACACAGACAUGGACGACAUCUCACGCGAAGAUGGCAACGCGGUGGCUGAAGAAUUCCUCAAGAAGAAGAUGGUCGAGUCGCUGCGUGCAUGGUCACAGGAGUUGAUGGCAUUGGAGCUAGCCAAGCUGAAGAAGCGCAUGAAGCCGCGGCAGGCUGCUGUUCUAUAG